CAGAUUGGUAACGUUUUAUCCGCUUUGGUUUGGUUAUUUGCUGGUUCAUUUAAUUUAUUCUUGAUUUCUCGUGUGAUUGCUGGUUUAAGUGAAGGCAAUGUACAAUUAAGUAUUGCCAUCAUUUCAGAUAUCACCACUCCCGAAAAGAGAUCAAAGAACUUGGCUCUGGUCGGAAUUGCAUUUGCUGUUGCGUUUACAGUGGGACCUGCUGUGGGAGCCUGGUUUGCUUCUAUUGAUUUGUCCAUUGCCUGUCCUUCCCUUGUCAAAUUUGGCAUCUAUCCUUAUUCCAUGGCUGCCCUUGUAGGUUUAGUCUUAUUAUUGAUCGAAACCACCUACCUGUAUUUUGCUUUACCCGAAACCAUCCAUAACCGUUCCCUCGUUGAAGCCGCUUCUACCACCAGUUCUACACCCACUCCCAAGUUAACAGUCGAGAUGAUCCAUCGUCGUCUUUUAGAUUUAGUCUAUUUAAAGCGUCUCAUGUGUGGUUUCUCUUUCUUGUUCUCCGGUAUGGAAUUCACCUUGGUUUUCUUGACAUUUGAUAUUUUGGAUUUCAGUCAUAUGCAACAAGGUAAAUUGUUGGGUUACAUGGGUAUCAUUUCCGCCUUGAUCCAAGGUGGUUAUGUACGUCGUAAAGUGGAUAGUGUGGGUGAAAAGAUCUUGGCCAUUCAAGGUAUGGCUGCUUGUGCCGUGGGUCUCUAUUGUCUUGCCAAUAGUGUGACUUCGGUCUUGUAUGCACCUCAUUGGCUUUAUGCCGGUGUCAGUUGUCUUGCAUUUACCUCCGGUACCGUCGUCAAUUGCUUGACUAGUUUAGCUAGUCUCCAAUGUCAUGAGGACUCGACACGUCAAGAUCCCUUAUCCAAGGGUCGUGCCUUGGGUGAAUUCCGUAGUUAUGGUCAAUUGGGUAGAGCAUUUGGUCCCAUUACCGCUAGUGCUGUCUAUUGGCUCUUUGGUCCUCGUCCUUGUUACAGUUUUGGUGCUUUAUUAAUGAUCGGUAUCACUUGGAUGACUGUCCUUUCUGCUCCCUCCAGAAAGAAGUUGGUCAAAAGAACUGCAGUGAAAAAGACACAAUAA